CCCAGCGGAAGCGAGACCAGCCGAGCCGAGCCGGGAGAGCGCCGCGGGAGGGGCGGGGAACUUGAGCUCAGGAGGAAGAUGAAAGAUAAUGUCGCUGAAGAACAUUUGUAUUUGGAUUUUUCUCAUCAGUACCAAGAUGGCAUCUUUCCUCUUCAUACAUCUAUUUCACUAUUUUUGCUAUCCUACUGUGACUGCAAAUUAUUCAAAGUUUUCUUAGUGCCGACUGGUGAAGAUGUGGAUGAUCAGUUUGUGCUAAAAAACCUCCUUUGUGAGCUUGAGGUCCAUUUAAUCUCCAGAUGUCAGCUUCCAGCGGUUGUGCAGAGCUGCUGUUUACCUGCUGUUGUUGUGAAAGAUGGCAAGUUCUGCCGAGCUGGGCUUUCUGUUGUCUUAAGGCAUAUAAUACAGAAAACAUACGAGGAAGAUCCAUCUAAAACAGAUGUUGUGGAACUCUUAGGCUUUAAGAAGACCUGCUUAAAAGCCUGUGCUGAAGUUAGCCAGUGGACCAGACUCUGUGAGAUGAGUAUACCUCUGGCUGUUGAAGGGUUUUUGAAGGCAUCUCCUGAGCACUGUCAGACUAUUCCUCCUGAUAUUUUACUACUUGAAAGGAAGCUUGGAGAACCUGUCCGAGUACAUAAUGAUGACAAAAUUCGAAGGCAAAAACUUCAACAGCAGAAGACAGGUGACAAGCCUGCAAUGGCUGCACUUGGUAAAGAAGCAACAGAGGAAGGAAAAAGAGUGGAAAUACAGGAACAUCCACUCCCAAGUUUGGAACUGAGCAUAGCUUUCUCCAAGCUACUUGUCCAGGAAAGAUCAGAUGUAGUCAACAGGGAGGCCUCUCAUAUCAGGAGAACAAAAACCUCUGACCUUCCACCUUUGGACCACAUUUUUGCAGAAGGGCUGUAUUUUACCUUGGCAGAUGUAGUGCUUUUGCCUUGCAUCCAUCAGUUCCUGGCCUCCAGUGAAAAACAAGGCAAAAACCUGGUAGAUUUGCCUCUAAUAUCCAGCUGGUAUCAAAGAGUUCAGGAAGUACCUGGAGUAAAAAGAGCUGCUGGCAAAUGCAAUAUGAAGCUUCUCCAGCUUCCACAGUUGAUGUCUCCUCCAAAGGAACAGCUGCAAGACUUGUCUUCAGUUUCUUGUGAAUUAGAAGAGGAGAAACAAGACAGUCAUUUUAUAGGUGGUCCAAGGCCAACUAUGACUAAGUUAAUGGAAAAUGGUAUUGAAGCAAAGUUUUCUCCUCACCCAUGCCCUGACUGGACCCUGGAUUGGUCCAAUCUACCAUCUGCAGUCAAUCCUGGAGAAGGAAAGAUGUCCAGAGACCGGGCUCUGAGGAAGCAGCAGCAACUGAAUAAUCUGGUAGCAGUGGUGACAAAGCUGGCUAAGCCUGGAGAUGUGAUUGUGGAUUUUUGCAGUGGAGGGGGUCAUGUUGGAAUUGUUCUUGCUCAUGUGAUGCCAUCAUGUCAGGUGGUGCUCAUAGAAAAUAAGGAGUUGUCUCUGAUCCACGCUAAAGAGAGAAGUGAUGAACUAGGUUUAAACAACAUUGGGUUCAUUCAAGCAAAUUUGGACUAUUUUAAUGGGACUUUUAAUAUUGGGGUGGCUCUGCAUGCAUGUGGUGUGGCAACAGACAUGGUGAUCAAACACUGUAUCAAGGCACGGGCAGCCUUUGUCAUCUCCCCUUGUUGUUAUGGCUUCAUUCAAAACACAGUGAAGUUUAAAUAUCCACAAAGUCGUCAGUUCAAAGAAGUUCUGUCCUGCAAGGAGCACAUGAUCCUGUGCAGAUUUGCAGAUCAGACAGCUGUUCAGCUUCCACCUGAACGCAGGAGAAUUGGAAAGCAGUGCAUGGGGAUUGUGGAUCUGGAUCGUGCAUGGGCUGCAGAAGAGCAUAACUACUCUGUCCAAGUUGUAUCUAUGGAGCCAGAGAGCUGUUCUCCAAAGAACAACAUGCUUGUGGGCAUCCCUGCUUAGAGUGUGAAACUUGCCUUCAAUUUGAAGUUGAACAUAAAUCUUAAGUGCAUAAUGACAUCCAGAAGAUGCAGCAUAGAUGGGAAGCAGACAUCACACAUCUUGAACCUAUUGGCUUCAGUAAAGGAAGCAGCACACAAAGUCUCAGAAAAUGAACUGCAUGCAGACCGUCACAAAUCGUACUUGUGCCAUUAAGCAAUUUUUGGUUCUCUUGCCGAGAAGUUUCUGCAUCUAGUGACUCUUCACAGAAUCAUAACCAUCUGUAAAGGUUAGGAAGAAAGUUGGCCUCGUUGAAGGGAAGGUGAUUUCCUUGUGAGUAAAGCUGUCUUGGCUGCUUCAAAACUGUGUUCGUGGUCAAGACUGCAUUUGCGUUCAUAAGCAGAGCAGUGAUCAGCCAAAAAUGCAGAUCACCAAAGGAAGAGAGAAGGUCAGAUUUACGGUGUCAGUGAAGAAGACUGUGCAAGAGGUGAUGGCUUCACUUUGCUGAAGUAUCUCAUGCUGCUGUAAGAUUAUUUUUAAUAAAAGUUCAUCAGAACAACUUGGGCAUCAUUCUACUGUCAAAAAAGAAAUCCAUUUUAACUCACCAACCUUUUAAGAAGUGUCUUGAAAGCUGCUCUUUAAAUAUUGCACCAGGCUUUUAGUUAAAGGAAACAAACUCCUGAUGAUCCAUUGACCAGGUAAUGGCAGCCCAUGAUGAUGUCAGUAAAUGAGUACUUCACUGAUACCACUGCUACUUGAAGUGUACUGCUUCCUGUUCUUAAGAAACUUGCUGUCAGAAGACUUUUUAAAGGACAGUCCAUGUGUUUGUAAUCUUUAUUGCUUUGUAACUCAUUUUAAAAUUUGAACAAAGUUGCAUCUGUGGAACCAUUUGCAAAGAUCAGCCACAGUCAUGUUACUGUAAAGAAGAAAACAAGCUUGCUCCUGUGCUCUAAUUCACAGGCAGUUUUCUACCCUAGUUUAAAAUGGCUCCUAGUGAAAUUUUUACUGCAUAUUUGUUGAUGUCUUUCUGAAUUCUUCUGCAGAUUAAAUAUAUUUGAAUUUUGGUCCAUGUGAACACACUGUCAGUGCAUGCAGCAAACAAUUACAAACAAUACCUAGUGUGGGGUGGGGGAAAAAGUAUCCUGAAAUUCAGUAUCCUUCAUGGAACCUACCUUUCUAAAAGAUCCAAAUGCUCAUUUUGAUCUUUUCUUUUUCCAACCUGAAGACUGAAGAAAACUGCACACUUAAUUGGAAGCACAAAGGUGAACAAGUAAGUAUGAAGUCAUACCUUUAGCAUGAGUUCCUCAGUGGGUAAUGACUGAAUACUUUUUCUGCCACCUUUUGUAGCCACAAGAGUAACUGGAGGUUGGAAAAAUGUAUAGCAGUUGUGAAAUAUAUGGCAAUACCAAUCACAUCCAGGAUUUUCUCUUGUAUUUGCCCAAUGAGAACUGUUUUUAAGAUAGCACUGUGUCAAGUCUGAACAUUAUUUAUAUCAAAUUCAUUUGUUUAGAAUUCCAGAGACUGUCUGAAGUGAGAAAAUUCAUUGCCUUACUGUGCUGAAGGAAGAACCAUCAAGGCAAGACACCUGAUGCAAGCUUUGGUUCUGUUUACAGUAAGGAUCUUGACCAUGCACUGUUUCAGACAAUGGCUGCCAGUAUAAAUAUUUUAAUUAUGGUGAUGCUGGACAUUUGGCAUUGUCUGACAUUAUGCAGUAAUACAUAGCUUCCAGUAGUGGAAAAAUAUGUGCUAUUAUAUGCUUCAGAAUUUCUAUCAUCUGUAUCUCAAUAGUCUGUAGUAGUUUUGGAUCCACAAGAAAAGCAGAAGGAAUGCGUUUGGGAUGCGUGCAACCGAAUAGAAGGUAAAAAAGGCUUUUUUAACAGGCAAAAUCAGUAUUUCUUGGAAACAGAGGUGGAGAAGGAGCCUUAUUUGGACAAAUAUCCAAGAGACUAUUAAGUAUGUAACAUAGUCAAGAAAAAUAUCUGAAGUCACACAGGAAUCUGAAUAUCAAUCUCUGUUUUGUUUGGGUUUUUUUCCACUUUUAAAAAGGACCUAUUUUGAUGCUAAUGUCACAGUUUCUCCCAGGUGUGGCUUAUUCGUGGAUUAAGCUAUUUGAUAUCUGCCACCCUACACAGAACUAUGCUGCACAGGAAGAAAAGGUUUGUAAAAACAAGGAAAAAACCUCAAACCUGCUGCUGUGUUCA